AUGUCAUCGACAACUAAUGUGAAUCAAUCAACUCAACUCUUUAGUUUAUUCGUAGGAUCAAUGUUUUUGUCUUGUAGUAGUUGUAAUUGUCCAAAUCAAUUUCCAUUCAAUGGAUUGGUCACUUUAAUUAUUACAGUUCAUCAUAUCUCUUAUCUAUUAAUCUCCUUUAUAGAUGGUUGUUUGGUUUGGAUAUAUGCGCGCGUGGGAGAUAGAGAGGAGAGAGAGAGUGAAAGAACAGAUAUAUUACAAACUUCACAUAGAUUCCUCGUAGUCGAGUUGGAAUAUUAA